CUCCCCCAGACAAGGAGCCCAGGGAGGACAAAUCCCCUCAGCAGAACCUCGUGGAAGAGGCUGUUUUGAGCGGCCCCAUGGCACAGGAAUGCAACGGGGAGGAAAAGGCACAGAGAUCCCGCCCGAGGAGGGGCUCCAAACCCAUGGCAGGGUGCUCCGAGGAGGAAGGACCCACCCUGUGCCAGGAAGGCAGCCAGAGAUGUGGCCAGAGCUCUGAGCUGGUGGUGCAUGAACAGCUUCACAAUGGCAAGAAGCUGCACCAGUGCUCGGAAUGUGGGAAGAGUUUCUGUGCAAAGUCCAGCCUGGUCCGGCACCAGAAGAUCCACACUGGGGAACGGCGCUGUGAGUGUGGGAAAUGUGGGAAGCGCUUCAGAGACACCUCUCGCCUGAUGAUCCACCUGAGAGUCCACACUGGGGAACGGCCCUAUGAGUGUGGGCAGUGUGGGAAGAGCUUCACUACGAGCUGCAAAUUGAUUGUCCACCAGAGGAUCCACACUGGGGAACGGCCCUAUGAGUGUGGGGAAUGUGGGAAGAGCUUCACUCAGAGCUCCAGCCUGAUUGUCCACCAAAGGAUCCACACUGGGGAACGGCCCUAUAAAUGUGGAGAAUGUGGGAAAGACUUCAGAAAGAGCUCCCACCUCAAACGCCACCAGAUUUUGUGCACUGGGAUAUGACACCCUGUGUGUGUGGGGAGAGCGGGAACAGCUUCUGUGACAGCUCUGGCCUGAUCAUGCAGCAGACAGUGCACACUGGGAAAUGCCCCUACACAUGCUCAGAAUGUGGGAAGAGCUUCAUCCAGCACAUCAAGAUGCUUGUCCACCGGCAGAUGCACAGCGGAGAGAGGUCCUAACAGUGUCCUGCGUGCGGGAAGAGCUUUGUGCACUGCUUCAACUCCAUCCCCCGUUGGAGGAGCCCAUUGGAUGAUUCCCAGUGAGCCCCAUUGGGCAGAGCCUUGGG